GCUGACACUCAACCAAUUUCGCGUACUGCGGUAGGUCGUGCCAGUCGGCUCUACGACCGCAGGAACUCGUUCCCGCCGCGCGCACAUUUUCUUUGAAAUUUCGUGUAAAUGCAAAGAAAAAAGUGACAUACACGGAACCUUGGUGAUAUACGAGUGCGCUGUGUUUCAUGUUUUCCGACAAAAGACUCUAUUUUUUUAUCGAUAUUUACGAAAUUUCGUUAAUAGAUAGGGCUAACGUGAUCGCAUUAGUGAAACGACAAACAACGUUUCAAGUAAAUAAAAGGAUUACGUGAAUGUUACCCGGGACCAAAAAUACAGAUAGCGUCGCUGCAUCGUGACAAUAAUAGAAAUAAAUAAAGAAGAUAUUCAUAACCGAACUGGUUUAGAAAUAUUCUACUAAAUGUCGAUUCCGUCCGUAUCAAAGACAUAUUUUUUAUAGAUCAAUUAAGUAUAAAUGAGCAUAAUAAGAAAUAUAAGUGGUAGAAUACAAGCCAAAGAGAUGGCGUCCAGUAUGAGAAGCAGCUUAAGGAUAAUGUGGGGUGUGAUGGUAGUUCUGACAUAUCUUACCAGGAGUAGUGCGGCACCCACCUUCGGAGGCCUCAAUCAAGCGACUAUGUACCUAGAUAAAUUCGGAUAUUUAAGCCCAAUGGUCCGAAAUCCCACGAGUGGCCAUAUCAUAGACGAAAGUUUAUUUAAAAAAGCAGUCGCAGAGUUCCAGAGUUUUGCUGGUUUAAAUGCGACUGGUGAAUUAGACGACGAAACAAAAGAAGUGAUGGCACUGCCAAGAUGUGGCGUAAGAGAUAAAGUUGGUUUUGGGGAAAGCCGCGCUAAGAGAUACGCUCUUCAAGGUUCAAGGUGGCGUAUUAAGAACUUAACAUACAGAAUAUCCAAGUACCCUUCGAGAUUAAACCAGGCUGAUGUAGACCUCGAACUUGCCAAAGCCUUCUCCGUGUGGUCUGAUUACACAGACCUGACCUUCACACAGAAACGUUCCGGACAAGUCCACAUAGAAGUCAGAUUCGAAACAGGAGAGCAUGGUGAUGGUGAUCCAUUCGAUGGCCCCGGCGGCACUCUGGCUCACGCAUAUUUCCCUGUAUACGGAGGUGAUGCCCAUUUUGACGACGCGGAGACGUGGACUAUCAACUCCCGGAGGGGAACUAAUCUAUUCCAGGUAGCGGCCCAUGAAUUUGGACACUCGCUUGGUUUAUCCCAUAGCGAUGUUCGCUCAGCCCUCAUGGCUCCAUUCUACAGAGGUUAUGAUCCGGCCUUCCAACUUGACCAGGAUGAUAUCCAGGGUAUACAGGCACUGUACGGUCGCAAAGUUCAGACGGAUAUUGGUCCAGGCGCAGCGCCCGCACCUGCCCCUGCUCCGAAGCCAGCAACUCCGCGUCCAUCAGCAGAGGAUCCCGCGCUUUGUGCUAACCCUAAAUUCGACACUAUUUUCAAUUCUGCUGAUGGAGCUACAUUUAUAUUCAAGGGUGAGAACUAUUGGAGACUGACCGAGGAUGGCGUGGCUAGUGGCUACCCUCGUCUGAUCUCGCGCGCAUGGCCUGGCCUACCUGGAAACAUCGACGCCGCAUUCACAUACAAGAACGGCAAGACAUAUUUCUUCAAAGGUUCUAAAUACUGGAGGUAUAAUGGUCAAAAGAUGGAUGGAGACUAUCCAAAAGAAAUUAGUGAAGGUUUCAGUGGUAUUCCUGAUAACAUAGACGCUGCACUAGUAUGGUCUGGCAAUGGCAAAAUCUACUUUUACAAGGGCUCUAAAUUCUGGAGGUUUGAUCCCUCCAAGCGACCACCUGUUAAGGCCACUUACCCUAAACCUGUAUCGAACUGGGAAGGAAUUCCUGACAACAUUGACGCCGCCUUACAGUACACAAAUGGAUAUACAUACUUCUUCAAGGGUGGCUCAUACUGGCGGUUUAACGAUAGAUCAUUCAGUGUGGAUGUAGACAAUCCAGCGUUCCCACGAUCAACUGGUUUCUGGUGGCUGGGGUGCAGUAGUGCGCCGCGCGGCACCGUCGAAGGUAACGCCCACAUCAAGUCACCACGCACCGAAGAUGACGAUGAUGUCGGAGAAAUCCUCUUCGAUGCAGAUGAGGGUGAUACAGAGCGCAAUAACGGCGGAAAUAGCGCUUCAAGUGCGACCGUUGCGCUGGUGCUGGCGGCGGCGCUGACUGCGUGGCGGACGUGGCAUGUGUAGCGCCCCCUAGCAGCAACAGCAACCCUUCCCCCCACCCCGCUACCUGCGGCCCGGCGUGCGGGCGCGGGCGCUGGCGGCUCUCAGCCCGCGGCCUGCCUUCCUCGGCCGGACCGCGUCACUGACUGUGAUCGUGUGUUGUGUGCGUGUUAGCGUUCGGUGUAUUGUGUAUAGCGAACGCUGUGCUGUGAUGACGAAUGCGUUUUUUAUACUGUUGCAAGAACGAUAAUUUAUAUCGAAGUCAUAGUUUUUAUACUUAAUAUAAAUAGAUGAUGUAAGUUCGAGUGUGAUAUUGACGUAAGCGACGAUUUUUGUAUUAAAAUAUUUAAACUAAUAA